GCUGAGAAAAUGGUGGGAGGGACUUACUGCACAAAUGACGCAGUUAAGGGAGUUUUAAUCAUACAGCGCAUUUCACAGAGGUGUUACAUCAAGGACGUGAUAUCAACUUUAUCCGCAAUUCCUACGGACCAUCUGUAUAGGCAAAUCUGACAAUAAAGGGGCUCAACCAGGAACCAUAAUGGCAGUUGAAGGAGGGGCUAAGUGCAUUAAAUACCUACUGUUCUUUUUCAACUUCCUCUUCUGGAUAUGUGGCCUGGCCCUGAUUAUACUGGGCGUCCUAGCUCAGCUGGCCUUGAAUAACACCCUUGCGAUUGAGAAGGAAUCCAUCUCAGCCGUACCCCUGGUCGUCAUCGUGGUGGGCGCGAUCGUCUUCUUCAUCGCCUUCUUCGGGUGCUGUGGGGCCUUUAGGGAGAGCCACUGGAUGAUCACCACGUUCUCUGUCCUCCUCAGUUUCAUUGUCCUCAUUCAGAUCGGCGCUGCCAUCGCUGGUUAUAUCUAUCGGGGCAAACUAAAUGAAAUUGUGGAUUCCGAUCUCAAAGAUAUGGUUAGCAAGUACACCAACAGUUCUGCAGAAUUCAAGAAAGCUGUGGACGAAAUGCAGAAGGACCUGAAGUGCUGCGGGGUGAAUUCUUCUGCUGAUUGGACGAGCUUCAGGCCAGAUGGAAAGUCUGUUCCCGACUCGUGCUGUAUCAAACAGACCCUGGACUGUGGAAAAGAAGCCAUGCAGGAUGCUGACAAAGUGUACCAAAAGGGAUGCCUCUCUCUUGUCAAAGACUCCCUGAGGAAGAAUGUGCAGCUGGUCAUAGUAGCCGCUGUAGUGAUUGCUUUCUUGCAGGUGCUGGGGAUCGUGUUUGCCUGCAUUCUUAUGAAGAGCAUUCGCAGUGGCUAUCAGGUCAUGUGAUUGGGGCGAAGCACCCAGCGACUGAGAAUGCACAUCAGAACAUUUAUUUAGAUUUAACUGUUUUUAAAGGAUAGUGAUUUUUCAUUUUUUUCAUUUUCCCUUUGUUGUACCAUAAAAUAUAAAAAUUUAAGAACAAAUAGUUUGUAUUUGGAAAGCAGAGGAGUAAUGUGUCCGACAUAGCUCAGGAGGUAAGAGCGGUUGUCUGGCAAUCGAAGGGUUGCCGGUUCGAUCCCCGUUCGAUCCCCGCCCUGGGCGUGUCGAAGUGUCCUUGAGCAAGACACCUAACCCCUAACUGCUCUGGUGAAUGAGAAGCAUCAACUGUAAAGCACCAUUUUACCAUUUACCUAUAGGCUGAAAUCCUCUGUAUCUCAAGCACACGUAGACUGCUAUCCUCUUCAGACUAGUCCGCUUCUCUUAUGCUAAAUUGAGCAUUAUGUUAUUCUUAGUUGGUUUUUUUUUGUUGCCAGUUGUCUGUCAAGCUCAUCAGGUGUCUGGUACCGUCUGAAUAACUGUGUUGCAUUAAAUGUUACAGUCUAAAAUAAUCAAGUGCAGUUGUGAGAGAACAGAUCUGUUCACAUUGCCGUCCUUACAGACACCCCCUUCUAUGCACAUUAUCCCCAUUCUUAAGCAUUAUGUAUAAAUAAAUCAAACGAUGAAAUAUGAGUUUGAUUCAACCUAAUCAGAACUGUAAUUUGGUUACCAGUGGCUGCACUUCUUUCCACAAAACUUGUUCCCUGAUGGUUCUUAAGACAUUUUAUGAAUAAUCAAAGGAUGGAUGGUGUCUCUUUUUUAAAUACAGUAUUUUAUCACAGAA